CCCCCCCCCCCCCCCCCCCCACACACACACACAGAGUUCUCUCCACUGGACUGUGGUUUAGUUUCACUUCCACCGGGACGUCGUGCAGAGGAACAGGGAAACAAGGAAACCGCCACUGAACCUCGACGACCUCGCGCUCAACACUUUAUUCCGCACCAUCCAGCGUUUGGAGAGCGUCCAAAGCUCCAUCAUGGUCAGAUCCAGCCUCUCUGAGGAGCAGCAGAAGAAGCUGCUGUCUCUCUUUGGCCAUGUCAGGCUUCACCUCCUCUACAAGGCCAGCGUCCACGGCUUCACCGCUGCUGCUUUCCUCGCACGCUGCAACAGACAGGGCCCCACGGUGGUCGUCGCCUACAACGCUGAUGGCUUUGUGUACGGAGCGUACACGUCUAAGAGCUACGUCCAGUCCGGACAGGCCACCCAUGAUGAGGAGGCUUUCCUCUACAGCCUCACUGCAGGGCAGGACCAGCCGCUGAGGGUGAGAGGGAUCGCUGGACAGCCUGCCUUCACUGAUGGAAACUUUGGCCCACAUUUUGGUGCCCUGGUGUUCCUGCAUGGAGACAAACCUCAAGUCCUGUCCAACCCGGGAACGUACUUCAACUUUGACAAUGCGGCUAUGCAUGGAGGAAACCUGGUGCUGACUGAGUUUGAAGUGUUUCGAGUUGAAGAUCUGGGCGACCUGCUGGAUAAACCCUGGAGGACCAUCCAGUGGACUGCUGAUCGAAAGCAGGCCUUAAGGAAAUUCAUCCAGAGCUACAGGCCCGAAAUCAAAACAGUCCAUCAAGCCCGGGUGCUGCUGGUCGGCCAAGUUGGCGCCGGCAAGUCCAGCUUCUUCAACUCCAUCAACUCGGCGUUCCGAGGCAACAUGACGUGUCAGGCCAUCUCUGGGACGGCUGGGAAGAGUCUAACUACUCAGUUUCGCAGCUACUCCAUCAAAGCAGGUAAAGGAGGUGGUGCUAUUCCUCUGAUCCUGUGUGACACCAUGGGGCUGGAGGAAAGCGCAGACCUUGGUAUAGAUGUUGAUGACAUCAUCAACGUCUGCAAGGGCCACGUCAAGGAUCGCUACCAGUUCAGCCCUGCUGCUCCUCUUCAGGAGAACUCUCUGGGCUACAGGAAGCACGUGACUCUGAACGACCUGAUCAGCUGUGUGGUUUACGUAGUCGACACCUCCAAGGUUUCUCUCCUGAGCCAAAAAAUGCUGGAGAAGUUCGCUGCCAUUAGGAAAAGGACCAACCUGCUUGGAAUUCCCCAGAUACUCCUGAUGACCAAAGUGGACGAGGCCUGUCCACUGGUGGCAAAAGACUUGAAGAACAUCUACCGCAGUGUUUACAUCCAGCAAAUGGCACGGCGGCUGAGUGACAGUCUGGGCCUCCCCUUGUCCAACGUCAUUCCCGUGAAGAACUACAGCGGCGAGCUGGAACUGGACCAGGACACCGACAUCCUGCUGUUGGGGGCUGUGGAGCAGAUGCUGAACUACUCCGACAGCUUCUUUGAGAACCUGGACGUCGACGAGCAGCAGAACGAUCAGGAGGAGCUCUACAGAUCAAGCGAUCACCCCCGACCAGCCUUCACAGAACGCACUGAGCAACGCGUGGUGUGAUGGACAGACCUGAAACAUAUCAAUCAGUCGGUCCGUUAGAUUUAAGCAAAUAUGUAGAGUUGGGAAAAAGUAUUAUUUUGAUAUAGAUGUAUGUUUGUCAGUAACCUUGUUCACUUAAAGGGUUCAAUUACAUUUACUUACCUUCACUGAUUCACAAUUUUGUGCUGCCAAAAAUGCACUCGUUCAAAUCAUUCUGAUGUUGUCUUUUCUUAUAGGUGUCUGACUAACAUGAAUGAAUAGAAUCCACUAUUAAAUGAUACGUUUCACGGUU